CGUCCCCCGCGCUCCCGAGAGCUGGCCUCCGCUGCAGCUGCGCCGGGCUCGCGCCAUGCAGCGCCUGGCAAUGGACCUGCGGGUGCUGUCCCGGGAGCUGGCGCUCUACCUGGAGCACCAGGUUCGCGUAGGUUUCUUCGGCUCGGGAGUGGGCUUGUCGCUGCUCCUGGGCUUCAGCGUCGCCUAUGCCUGCUACUACCUGAGCAGCAUUGCCAAGAAACCCCAGUUAGUGAUUGGAGGGGAGAGUUUCAGCCGCUUCCUACAGGACCACUGUCCCGUGGUGACAGAAACCUAUUACCCGACGGUCUGGUGCUGGGAGAGCCGAGGACAGACACUGCUGAGACCCUUCAUCACUGCCAAGCCCCCAGUGCAGUAUAGGAAUGAACUCAUUAAAACAGCAGACGGAGGACAGAUCUCACUGGACUGGUUUGAUAACAAUAACAGUGCAUGCUAUGCAGAUGCCAGCACCAGACCUACUAUCUUGCUUUUGCCUGGCCUCACUGGAACAAGCAAGGAAUCCUACAUCCUUCAUAUGAUCCAUCUCAGUGAAGAAUUAGGAUACAGGUGUGUGGUUUUUAAUAACAGAGGAGUAGCAGGAGAGAGUCUCUUGACACCACGGACUUACUGCUGUGCCAACACUGAAGAUUUGGAGGCUGUCAUCCACCACGUUCACAGCCUGUACCCUUUGGCCCCCUUUCUGGCAGCAGGCGUGUCAAUGGGAGGAAUGCUGCUUCUGAAUUACUUGGGUAAAAUUGGGUCCAAAACCCCUCUGAUGGCAGCUGCAACAUUUUCAGUUGGCUGGAACACUUUUGCUUGCUCAGAGUCACUGGAGAGGCCACUGAACUGGCUGCUUUUUAAUUACUACUUGACAACUUGCCUCCAGUCUUCAGUUAAGAAGCACCGGCAUAUGUUUGUGGAACAGAUUGACAUGGACCAGGUCAUGAAGGCCAAGUCAAUCAGAGAGUUUGAUAAGUGGUUCACCGCGGUCAUGUUUGGAUACCGCACUCUUGAUGACUACUACACUGAUGCCAGUCCAAACCGCAGGCUGAAGUCAGUGGGAAUCCCAGUGCUGUGCCUGAACGCUGCGGACGAUGUUUUCUCGCCCAGCCACGCCAUCCCAAUAGAAACUGCUAAGCAAAACCCUAACGUGGCUCUGGUCCUCACAUCCUAUGGAGGCCAUAUUGGUUUUCUGGAGGGAAUCUGGCCUAGGCAAUGCACUUACAUGGAUCGAGUCUUCAAGCAAUUUGUGCAGGCCAUGGUUGAGCAUGGACAUGAACUUUCCAACAUGUAGUUUCUUGGUGACAGUAAGCCUGAACCACUGUUAUUACAACAGUUCAGCUUGGUGCACGAAUUUUAACUACUGAGGGUAAAGCUGAUACUCCAGCAGCAGAUGGGUGAAGAGGACCAGCAUGACAUGCAAAAACUACUUCUUAGGGAAAUAAAACCAUUUUGUAGCAAGAAACUAAAGAUAGUUUAGAUUGUUACUGUAGUAGAUCUUACUUUUCCUAUGCCUUACCAAAUAUGACCUUAAUUAGUAGUCCCUAUGGAGCAGAAUUGCACUUAACCAAAACUAUUGUGUAAAAAGAUUUUAAUUCCUCAGGGUUUUAAUUUAGGCUAGUAUUUUUAGAUUACUCAGUUUAGGUGACUCAAAAGUACUUUAAUAACUGUUAAGAGGUUUUAAUGAUUUGAAUGUAAGUUACAAGAGGGGCAUUCAUGGUAACAAGAAACUGAAAAUUGAUAACUAUAGUGUGCUAAGUGUUCCUGCUGACUUUAAAAGACAAGGCAAAUGCAACAAUGCCAGACUGACUUCUGUAUUUGCUCUCUUCUCUGAUGAUAUUAAAUUAGGGCUGAUUUAUGUUUUAUAAUUAUCAUUUACAUGCUUAUUUUUAAAAUAGUAUUUGUGAAUACAUAUAUCAUAUUAAAAUAAAUUCUAUCAUUUUAA